UCUCAAAAGCUCUGUUUCCUCCCUCAGCAGACGAGGAAGAGAUCAUGGACCCUGAUGUCAUGGAGGCUGAGAGGGAAGGUGAUGACUGUGACACCAGCUGGAGCGAAGAGCUCAGGCUCGUCCUCAUUGGAAAAACAGGAAGUGGCAAGAGUGCAUCUGGAAACACCAUCUUGGGCCAGAGCAAGUUCCUGUCUCAGAUCAGCGGCAGCUCCGUCACACAGAUCUGUGAGCUCGGGAGCAUCGAGACACGGAGGAAGAGGAGGAGAGUCAAGGUGGUUGACAUGCCAGGUUUCGGGGACACUCACCUCAGCAGGGAGCAGAUUAUUGAAGAAAUAGCCAAGUGUGUGUGUCUCUCUGCCCCCGGGCCUCAUGCCUUCCUCCUGGUGGUGCCAUUAGGACGAUACACAGAAGAAGAGAACCAGGCUGUUAGUGAGAUGUCACAGAUAUUUGGGGAGGAGGCACUCCGUCAUCACACUCUGGUUCUUUUUACCAGAGGUGAUGACCUGGAGGGGACUGGGAUUGAAGAGUUCCUCAGUAAGACUGCGCCUGCCGGGCUCAAGGCUCUGAUUGACAGGUGUGGCAGCAGGUACCAUGUCCUCAACAACAAAGACCCAAGUAACUCAGGGCAAGUGAAAGAACUCCUGAUGAAGGUGGACAUGAUGGUGAGGCAGAGCACCACAGGGUUUUAUACCAAUGCAAUGUUUGUAGAGGCGGAGGCUGCCAUCAGGGAGGAGCAGGAAAGAAUGUUGAGGAAGCGAGGGGAAGGGGAAGAACGAGGAGGGAGCAGCAGCAGCAGCAGCAGCAGCAGCAGCAGGCGACACUCUCUCUGUUCAUUCUUGACUCCUAUGAGACAGAAGGCUGUGCUCUCUCCUAAUGUCCGGUACAGAGUUAAGAUCAUUGUAGUUACUAUAGGUACGGGCAUGGCAAUCGGGGGAAUAGCAGGCCUACUAGUCCCUUUGGCGACUGCAGGUGGGGCUGCCCUUGUGGGUUUGGUGGCAAGUGAAGCUGUGGGGGCCAUAGUGGCAGCAUCUUCAGGGAAAACGGCCCUGGCAGUGGGAGCAGCAGCAGGUGGGUUCGUGGGCGGUUCUGUGGGAGCCAUUGUUGGCACUGGGGCUGCCAGUCCAAGGGAGGGUGCUUUGGAUACUCUGGAGCAGUACCUCCGCAGACCCCCUAGGGGGUCACCAAAGGUACUCUAUAAAGUUCAAGAAGAAACCGCAGCUGAACUGAAACUAACAGAGAACAACAUGGUGGCUGCAGAUAAGAAGGAGCUCAUGGACCCUGUCAUGGAGGCUGAGAGAGAAAGUGAUGACUGUGAAAUCAGCUGGAGCCAAGAACUCAGGCUCGUACUCAUCGGAAAAACAGGAAGUGGCAAGAGUGCUUCUGGAAACACCAUCUUGGGCCAGAGCAAGUUCCUGUCUCAGAUCAGCUGCAGCUCCGUCACAAAGAUCUGUGAGCCGGGGAGCGUUGUGCUCGCAGAGGAAGAGGCAGCGGAGGAUGAAGAGGAGGAGAAUGGCCAGGCUGGCACACGGAGGAAGAUGAGGAGAGUCACGGUGCUUGACAUGCCAGGUUUUGGGGACACUCACCUCAGCAGGGAGGAGAUUAUUGAAGAAAUAGCCAAGUGUGUGCGUCUCUCUGCCCCCGGGCCUCAUGCCUUCCUCCUGGUGGUGCCAUUAGGACGAUACACAGAAGAAGAGAACCAGGCUGUUAGUGAGAUGUCAAAGAUAUUUGGGGAGGAGGCACUCCGUCAUCACACUCUGGUUCUUUUUACCAAAGGUGAUGACUUGGGGGGGAUGGGGAUUGGAGAGUUCCUGAGGAAGACUGCGCCUCCCGGGCUCAAGGCUCUGAUUGACAGGUGUGGCAGCAGGUACCAUGUCCUCAACAACAAAGACCCAAGUAACUCAGGGCAAGUGAAAGAACUCCUGAUGAAGGUGGACAAGAUGGUGAGGCAGAGCACCACAGGGUUUUAUACCAACGUAAUGUUUGUAGAGGCGGAGGCUGCCAUCAGGGAGGAGCAGAAAAGGAGGUUGAGGAAGGGAGGGGAAGAACGAGGGGGGAACAGCAGCAGCAGCAGCAGCCGCAGCCGCAGCCGCAGCAGCAGGCGACACUCUCUCCGUUCAUCCUUGACCCGUAUGAGACAGGAGGCUGUGCUCUCUGCUUAUGUCAUAGACAGAGUAAAGAUCAUCGUAGCUGCUGUAGUCACGGGCCUGGCAAUCGGGGCAAUAGUGGGCAUAGCAGUCCCUUUGGCUGCUGCAGGUGGGGCUGCCCUUUCGGGUUUGGCGGCAGGUCAACUAGGCAUAGGGGUAGUGGAAGCUGUGGGGGCCAUAGUUGCAGCAGCUUCAGGGAAAACGGCCCUGGCAGUGGGAGCAGCAACAGGUGGGGCUGUGGGCGGUAUUAUGGGAGCCAUUGUUGGCACUGGGGCUGCCAGUCCAAGGGAGGGUGCUUUGGAUGCCCUGGGGCAGGUUAGUUCUAUCGGGGGCUUGGCUGUGGGGAUGGCAGCAGGAGUUGGAGGGGCCAUGGGAGUUGGGGCUCGUAUAGGUGAAGCUCUGAAGGGAGCAGCUGUCGGCAAAGCAGCCCUCGGUGCAGCCGUAGUUGUAAGCUCGGGUGUAGCUAAGGUUGGUUUAGCUUCACCUGCAGAGCAGCAUGUGCCAGCCACUGAAGCACCUCAGGGUGCUGCUGAAGGAGCAGACUUAGCUAAGGCUGAGUCUGCUGGUACUGUAACAGCUCCGAGUGUGGCCAGCACGGUCCCGUCAGACCCUUUGGGAAAUGUUGGGAAAAAAACUACUAUUUUGUCCUCGGUGGCUGAUAUAGGCAAGACUGUAGCAAAAAGCGUCAUGCCUGGGAGUGUGGUAGUGAAGGUGACAAAGGAAAAAGUCAGAUCUGGCAAACCAACAGAAGAAACAAACUACUCAGAGAAAACGUCUUAUGAGUUCCAAUGGAACAAAUCAGACGAGGAGGAGAUCAUGGACCCUGGUGUCAUUGAGGCUGAGAGGGAAGGUGAUGACUGUGACACCAGCUGGAGCGACGAUCUCAGGCUCGUCCUCAUCGGAAAAACAGGAAGUGGCAAGAGUGCUUCUGGAAACACCAUCUUGGGCCGGAAGCAGUUCCUGUCUCAGAUCAGCGGCAGCUCCGUGACACAGUUCUGUGAGCUCGGGAGCGUCGAGCUCACAGAGGAAGAGGCAGCCGAGGAGGAAGAGGAGGACCAGGCUGUCACACAGAGGAAGAGGAGGAGAGUCACGGUGGUUGACAUGCCAGGUUUCGGGGACACUCACCUCAGCAGGGAGCAGAUUCAUGAAGAAAUAGCCAAGUGUGUGUGUCUCUCUGCCCCCGGGCCUCAUGCCUUCCUCCUGGUGGUGCCAAUAGGACGAUACACAGACGACGAGAACCAGGCUGUUAGUGAGAUGUCAAAGAUAUUUGGGGAGGAGGCACUCCGUCACCACACUCUGGUUCUUUUUACCAGAGGUGAUGACCUGGAGGGGACUGGGAUUGAAGAGUUCCUGAGUAAGACUGCGCCUCCCGGGCUCAAGGCUCUGAUUGACAGGUGUGGCAGCAGGUACCAUGUCCUCAACAACAAAGACCCAAGUAACUCAGGGCAAGUGAAAGAACUCCUGAGGAAGGUGAACAUGAUGGUGAGGCAGAGCACCACAGGGUUUUAUACCAACGCAAUGUUUUUAGAGGCGGAGGCUGCCAUCAGGGAGGAGCAGAAAAGGAGGUUGAGGAAGCGAGGGGAAGGGGAAGAACGAGGGGGGAACAGCAGCAGCAGCAGCAGCAUGGAGGAACUGGUGAAACGAAGGAAGUGUCACCUAGAGUCUGACAAAUCAGGGAGCAGCAUGAGAGGAUCACAAGGGUUCAGGGGGAGGGAGUUAGAGAGAGGAAAUGAGGAUGACUUUAGGGUAGAGAGAUGGACAGAGGAGAGCAAAUGCAGUGCUUUCAGUCUCCUCAGGGACAGAUUUAAAAAAAGCAGGGACCAGUUCAGAGGGAGACACGAGGGCCACAGCGGGGACAUCAGCAGGCGACACUCUCACCGUUCAUCCUUGACUCGUAUGAGACAGGAGGCUGUGCUCUCUGCCAAGGUCCUGGACAGAGUAAAGAUCAUGGUAGCUGCUGGAGCCACGGGCAUGGUAUUCGGGACAAUGUUUGGCAUAGCAGUCCCUUUGGCGGCUGCAGCUGGGGCUUCCCUUGUGGGAAACUCUGUGGGUUUCGCUGCAAGUCAACUAGCAGGGAUGUCUGUAGUGGGAGGCACAGGGGUUGGGAAAGCUGUGGGGGCCAUAGUGGCAGCAGCUUCAGGGAAAACGGCCCUGGCAGUGGGAGCAGCAACAGGUGGGGCUGUGGGCGGUUCUAUGGGAGCCAUUGUUGGCACUGGGGCUGCUAGUCCAAGGGAGGGUGCUUUGGAUACUCUGGGGCAGGUUAGUUCCAUCGGAGCCUCUGCUGUGGGGAUGGCAGCAGGAGUUGGAGCGUCCUUGGGAGCUGGGGCUGCUAUAGGUGCAGCUCUGGAGGGAGCAGCUGUCGGCACAGCCGCCCUCGGUACAGCUGAAACUGCAGCAGUAGGUGCAGCCAACGUGUCUGUAACUCAGGGUGGUUUAGCUUCAGCAGCACUGUCUACCACUGUAGCACCUCAGGGUGCUGCUGCAGGAGCAGUCUUAGCUCAGGCUGAGUCUGUUGGUACUGUAUGUGGGCUCACAGCUCCGGGUGUGGCUAGCCUGGUCCCGUCAGACUCUUUGAGAACUGUGGGAGCAACAACUCGUAUUUUGUCCGUAGUAGCAGAUAUAAGCAAGGCUGUAGCCAGCAUCGCUGUGGCUGGAGGUCUGGUAGUGAAGGUUGUAAAGGAAAAAGUCAGAUGUGGCACACAAACAACAGAAACAAAUUACUCUGAGAAAAAGUCUUAUGAGAUCUACUGGAACAAAUAAAUACAGCCUGAGAGUGGAGUUGGUUUCUAGUUAAUUAAUGUAUAAUUAUAUUUUCUCCUGAUGAAAUCCUGCACUCCCAAGUAACUUCAGUCUGUGUUGCUAUUAAAACACCUCAAAUAUUCAGAAGCUGGAGCAUUGUGGUGUGAAACUGGUAAAAGGCUGGUGUGAGAGUUUUGUGAUAUUUUCCGUGUGAUGACAGAUGAAGGAUAUUAGUCUUUUUAUAGAAAGAAAGAAAAGAAGUAGAAAUAAAGAAAGACAAAAGAAGUAUUAGAAAGUAUUUUAAAUCCUAAAGGGUGACAGUGGAUUGUGUGUUUUUUGUGUUUCACUUGCCACUUUAUCUGAAAAGUUUUUUAUUAGAUUUGAACAUCCAGCACCAGCUGCUGUUAAUGUAUCACCAGUUCACUCCUGUUCUGACAUUUGUUGUAGUCAAAGAAGCACUAAAGACAAUAAAGUAUUUGAAUGAC